GCCCUUUAAACCACCUCCCGUUCCGCAUUCUGUCACUAAGGAAACAAGAUGGCGUCCGGCAGCGGGUCCAGUAAGAAUGACUUCCGUCGGAAGUGGGACAAAGAUGAAUAUGAAAACCUUGCACAGAAACGACUCACUGAGGAGAGAGACAGAGAGAGGAGAGAUGGGAAAACUGCUCCGCCGGUCAAGCGGGACCUCCUGCGUCACAGAGACUAUAAAGUGGAUCUGGAGUCCAAACUGGGGAAGACCAUCGUCAUCACCAAGACCACUCCUCAGGCUGAGAUGGGCGGUUAUUACUGUAAUGUCUGUGACUGUGUAGUGAAAGACUCCAUCAACUUUCUGGAUCACAUCAACGGCAAGAAACACCAGAGGAACCUGGGCAUGUCGAUGCGGGUGGAGCGUUCGUCUCUGGAUCAGGUGAAGAAGCGUUUUGAGGUGAACAAGAAGAAGCUGGAGGAGAAGCAGAAGGAGUAUGACUUUGAGGAGCGCAUGAAGGAGCUGAGGGAGGAGGAGGAGAAGGCGAAGGCCUACAAGAAGGAGAAGCAGAAGGAGAGGAAGCGUCGGGCGGAGGAGGACGUGGACUUCGAGGAGGACGAUGAGAUGGCGGCGGUGAUGGGUUUUUCAGGAUUCGGCUCGUCCAAGAAGAGUCACUGACGCCCAGCAGCUCGACUCCAUGCUGAGGACUGUUUCGCACCAGGACAGGAAGCUGGUUUUUGCGCCGCCCCUCCUUUCAGUCAGCUGGAGUUCGAGACCAGAACCAGGCUGUGAACACAGGGCGGAGGAGUCCUGCCGCAGCCUGCGACGUCUCGUUCAUCAUCCUGGUUCAGACUCUAACUUUUUUAUUUACAAUCAGACUCUUAUUUUGGUAUGACAUUUAUCCUGCAGCUUCCUGUCAGAUACAAGUGAAGGUGAAGAACCUGUAAAUGUUUGUUGAUCCGUAAUUUGGGUUUGAAAGGUUCAGCUGGUGAGAAGCGAGAGAAACGACGGACGAGAAGAAAUGUGAUGGGGACGCAGAUAAAAUGAUUCAAACGUCAGACACAAAAUAAUAUUUCACAUUAAAAUACAAACCUCUGACACAGGGGUUCGUAUGGUUCUUACUGAGGAUGUGGUUUCAGUGAAUGAGCAGAACGUAAGAUCUGCAGAGGAAAAUCAGACUGGUUUCCAAAUGUCAACAAACCGGAUUUAAAGCUGUUAAAUUUGAAUUUUGUCGUCAGAAAGAGGAAACGCUCAAACAGCUGCUGUUGGUUUUGUUUUCAGCACGUCGCAGCUCGUCUGUUUUAUCAGGAUACUCGAUGUGGAAAUGAUCAUUUUAAUAAAUACAGUGUUUUGUUUCCA